UAGAUCCCACGCGAGCUGAGCCGUAGUCACUCCAGCUGCCCGGCAAGCACCAUUGAGAGAGGAAAUCUCUCAAGGGUGGCUUGACCUGGGAUAUUAGUUAACUGGAAGACAUUGAGGUGUUUGCAUACUGAUUCUUUUUUCUUUUUCUUUUCUUAUCAUCUUGGCAAUCUAGAAACAGACAGAGUAAACAAUGUCGGAGAACAGCAGAAACUCAGAUCAAGAAGACACGCUCAGCGAAGAGCUCAAUGAAGACGAAAUCCUGGCCAACUUGUCCCCUGAAGAGCUGAAGGAACUACAGUCCGAGAUGGAAGUCAUGGCCCCUGACCCCCACCUUCCUGUGGGGAUGAUCCAAAAAGAUCAAACCGACAAGGCGCCCACAGGAAACUUUGACCAUAAAUCUCUUGUCGAUUACAUGUAUUUACAGAAGGCGUCCAGACGCAUGCUGGAAGACGAACGAGUUCCUGUCAGUUUUGUGCAGUCUGAGGAAAACACUCAAAACCAGCAUGAAGCAAGAGACAAAGGCAUUAAAAACAUGCCCCAGUUUUUAAAAGAAAAGCUCAAUAGUGAAAUAGUUGCAAAUAAAAGAGAAUCAAAUGGGAGCAACAAUGUACUAGAAGCAGAAGAAGACGAAGAGGAUGAGGAUGAAGAGGAUGAGGAUGAGGAGGAUGAGGAUGAAGAUAAUGAGGAUGAAGAAGACGAAGAAGCCAAAAGAGAAAAAAACGAAGCAGAGGAACAAAUCCACAACAGUACAGGCACCUGGCAGCAGCCGACUACUAAAGCGCUGGAAGAACAAAAAGAUGCACCGGAAACCAAAGAAAAAAGUGAGAAGAAAAUAGCUAAAUUAGACCCUAAGAAAUUAGCUCUAGAUACCAGUUUUCUGAAGGUCAGUGCAAGGCCUUCGGGGAACCAGACAGACCUAGAUGGAAGCCUGAGACGAGUGAGACAGAACGACCCUGACGUGAAGGAACUCAACCUGAACAACAUUGAAAAUAUCCCUAAAGAAAUGUUACUGGACUUCGUCAACGCAAUGAGGAAAAACAAACACAUCAAGAGCUUCAGUUUAGCCAACGUCGGCGCAGACGAGAGUGUAGCGUUUGCCUUGGCCAAUAUGUUGCGCGAGAACAGGAGCAUCACCACACUCAAUAUCGAGUCCAACUUCAUCACAGGGAAGGGCAUCGUGGCCAUCAUGAGGUGCCUCCAGUUCAAUGAGACGCUAACCGAACUUAGGUUUCACAACCAGAGGCAUAUGCUGGGCCACCACGCCGAAAUGGAAAUAUCAAGGCUUCUGAAGGCCAACCACACUCUGUUGAAGAUGGGCUACCAUUUCGAGCUUCCGGGUCCCAGAAUGGUGGUUACUAACCUGCUUACCAGGAACCAGGAUAAACGGAGGCAGAAAAGACAAGAGGAACAGCAGCAGCAGCAACUUAAAGAGCAGAGAAAGCUGAUAGCUAUGCUGGAGAAUGGGUUGGGGCUGCCCCCUGGGAUGUGGGAGAGGCUGGGAGGACCUAUGCCUGAUCCCAGGAUGCGAGAGUUCUUCCAGCCUUCACCUGGGCGGCCCCUGCCUGCUCAGGAAGUCCCCUUCGGUGGAAGAAAGGAAACAAUCAAACACCCGCCACCGCAACCUCCACAGUGCAAGACAGAGCCUGACUCAUUCAGGGUGGUGAAGCUCAAGAGAAUUCAGCGCAAGUCUCGAAUGCCGGAAGCCAGAGAGGCACCGGAGAAAACCAACCUCAAAGAUGUAAUCAAAACCCUCAAGCCAGUGCCGAGAAAUAGGCCACCCCCGCUGGUGGAAAUCACACCUAGAGACCAGCUCUUGAAUGACAUCCGACACAGCAACGUUGCCUACCUAAAACCCGUGCAGCUGCCAAAGGAACUGGAGUAAGAGGCAACAGAAUCAUCUAGAAGAGCAAGAUCUCAGCUGGAGGCUGUGUCACUAACACUGCAGGUGACAACUAGGAACGUGGCUCCAUCCCAGCUGGGGAUGGCUUGGGCUGUGACAAGACACAGGCAAAAGAGGAAGGGGAAGGAAACAAAAUAUCUGUGAUCACAGGCAACAUGUUCCUGUUGGAAGAGUUUGGCUGCCUUGGGUGAAAAUUGUAGAGUGAUGCUUCUAGAAGCAGAAGUUAACUUUUUUUUUUUUUUUUUUGGUAAACACUCACUUUACUAUUGUUUUCCU